CGCCCUAAUCUUAUCCCAUCCGCCCGCUGCGACCUUUUACUUCCGUUUUCCCAUGCUCCAUUAACCUCUUCUAUCCCCUCCACGACUCGGUUUACCGCCCUCAUUUUGCUUGUUGGAUCACUGUAGCAUAACGCGCGACACAUAUCUAUCCCCAUUCCCUUCUACCAUGUCCACGAUUCCCGCUCCAACCGCCGCCGCCGCCCAAGAAGAAUGGCCUGACGCAGACUUUGAUCUUCCGGAAGGUCAAUCAAUACAUACUGUCAGCAAAGAUGAAGAAGAUGAGGAUUGGGACCUAGAAAUGGAUCUUGGACAUACUGGAGGCGCCCAAAUCCAUUGUCCGUUUCCUUCCCACCCUGAUCCCUCUGGGACUUCCACGCAGAUGCGUAUCAUACGACCGCUGUCGUCGUUACAGGACUUCGACGAUGAUGACGACGACAAUGAUGACGAUGAAGAGGGUGCAUCGACAAUCAAAUUUGCUGCUGUGCCCAAACCGAAGCCCGUCGUCCCGCCCACACGGUUGUCCGACGAAAAUGACUUCGAAGAUGCAUUCUCACUUCCUUCUGGCAUCACCCGGCUUUCAUUAGCGCCCUUGACUCUCAACCACCGCGCCUCCAAAACUUCGCUAGAAUGGGGAGACAAAGACCAAACUACAUCCUCGCAGUCCUCGGACGCCUACUCUACUCUAGGAUUUGCCGAUACUUCUCCAUCGUCCAACUCUACCUCUUCUGUGUCUACUCCAGGAACGGAAACAGAAGAGGACGAUGACGAUGAAGGAGACCUUGAAGGCCUCAUCAUCCCUGCGGAUUUAGGCCGACGCCACUUCACCUCGAUCCUGAACAAGAAGAAAACGGCGGUCAUGAUGGAUAACCAAGUCAAGGUGGCUAGUCCUGAUCCAGAUGAUGAUUUUGAAAUGGGACUAGUCAUUGACGAUAAUGUCGAUUUCAGUCCUAGUCGCCUGCUGAAGCCUCAGCGCUCGCCGUUACUGCGGUCGGCCAACCGAAGCAGCAGCUUGCUCCUUCAAAAGGCACCGAGGCUGCCAUCACGAGUGAAUCGUGCCAAGUCUCCCGUCAAUCAUCCUCCAGUUUCUUCUGCACGGCAACUUCAGAAGCUAAGGCUCUCCCCUUCACCUCCACUCCAAACCCCGGCAAGGACACAAACUUUUCAGUCAUUUUCCCCUAAGCCAUCAUCAACACUGCCUGUGAAAACUGGCAGUCUACGAGGUCAGAAGUCUCACACAGGCCUUGCCCCUGCCGCCGCCGCCACGCCCGUGAGAAGGUUAGCGAGGAAGGCAUCUCUGUCUUCUCUUAUGGAAUCAGGCGCCCAAGCGUCUGCACCCUCAUCACCUGCACCUAAAGGCACGCGCUACGGAGAAUCGACAGCUGCGUCGCGUGCCAAAUCUCACAAGGCAUCCACGAGUCAGUGCCGGGAUUACGAGGUGCCACCUACGCGCCCUUCCACACCUUCCUCUAGCACUGCCGCGCUUCGUCUAACCAUACCCACCAUAGGGCGCCUCAAGUCGCGUCCUGCGCUCUCUGCCUUAUUUGGCCGCUCACCGUCUCCGAGAGCUCAGUCACCCUUCCGGACAUCAUCGCCCGCUCCCGCACGGCCUCCGUCUAACCUGUCCAAGUCAACUCGGACAAUACCGCCACAGUUAGUCCCCAAGGUGCUCCGCAAACCAAAGCGUCAAUGCGUUUAUGGAGAUGGGACUGAGCUUGACGCGAUUGCAGACUUGCCCACUGAUCGGGAUAAAGAGAGUCGCUUUCGUGUUCAACCUAAAGGUUACGGAAACCGCAUUGCCGCCGCCAGCUUCUCGCCGACGAAGCUCGCAGAUAAGAGCGCUAUUCGUAAAAAGGGACGCCGUGAACCGUCGGAUUCCACUGCACCUUCUGCGUUUGCUUCAUUGUCAAAGCGUCGGAGCAGAUCCGAAUUAGCUCAGAAGCCCCAGUCUCCCAAGAAAAAACGGAAAAACUUGACGCCUUCAACUGAACCCAAGAAGCCUACCCUAAUACGGAAUUUGGGCGGCACGAGUGCGCCUAAAGUUGUUGGUGACAUGAAAUGGAACCCUCAGACUCUUCGGUGGGAAGGAAACGAGCAAGUCUUGAAGGACUUUGACGUUGCCUUCACGCGACCAGCUCUCAUUACACAUCUUACCGGCUCAUCCCUUGGGUCCCCCGCCCCUUCGUAUGCUUCAGGUGCGCGGAUAGUGGGAAACAUGAUAUUUGAUCCAGCACGUAUGUGUUGGAUAUCAACAUUACCGCCUGAAGACGAGGAGCCGGAUGUGUUCGCUAACCUGGCGGACGAUGAAGAAGAGGGUGAUGGAUGGGAAACCAAGGGUGGUACCAUCAAAGCCGUUAUUUCUGUCUCAGAGACGUCCAUGGCAGCAUCGAGUGUCAAUGGAUCUUCGGUGGCCUCGGCUCCAACCUCCGGACGUUGUCGUGCACGAGCUGCAUCGGAAGCUGAUAGCGAGCGCUUUUCAAGAGCGUCGAUGGUGUGUGAUAUCGACGGACACUUUGUACAAAAGUGUCGCGAGGCAGAAACACGGCAUCAUUCAGAAAUGAAGGGCUGGAAGAGUACCUUGUCGCGACAGGACACCUUCACCGAGCCGGACCGCUCAUUCCUUUACGAUAUUAGGACGUUGGCGACUCGCAAAUAUUAACCAUCUGUAGCAUCAUGUCUAUAUCCCAUGCGUUUGACUUUGUUUAUUUUGGUAUCAUUUGCAUUGACUUGUUGUUUUUCCUUCAUUUCCAUUCCUUUGAUAUGUUUCUGUAUAACUUAUACCUUUUCUUUCUUGUUUUGCUUAAUGCCCCAACAUGUAACGCUCUCUAUGAUAUAUUACUAAACAAAUGUAUCUUUCAACCUGCCAUUUCUCAGAAUAUCGACUGAAAGUUGAUUUCCUCACUUCCCUUAAUGGUGGACGUUGUAUCGGCAUUCCGGACUAGUCUCAGUCUAGGAUUUGAUCGGGGGUUGA